AUGGAAGAGGUGAAAGAAACUAUGCUUGAUAUUAGAGAAGAGCAAAUGGUGUCAUUCACUGGUGACAGCAUACCAACUCUAAGAACAGCCCAUUUCCUCAAACCUACUUUGGCCACUAGUACAAGGUCAGUCCCCAAGCCCCCUACAUGUUCUCUAUCUUCUCUACCUUCAACUUUCGAGCCUAAAGAAUGGCUUCUGAAGAUAAACUUCAGUGGUUGGCAGAAGCCUAAACUGAACUGGGCAACAUGGGUUCAUAAGUUGAAAUUCAAGUAUCAGUCUUUAUGGAAGAAGGCUGGAAUUUAUGAAGCCAUCAUGCAUUCUACAUUCAUUGUUGUAAGAGACUAUGAUUUUAUCAUUGGACUUGCAGAGAAAUGGUGUCCUAAAACCAACACAUUUGUAUUUCCUUGGGGAGAAGCAACCAUCACCUUAGAGGAUAUGAUCAUUUUGGGAGGGUACUCUGUUUUAGGUUCCCCCGUUUCUUCAUGCUCUGAUUAUGAAAGCAGAGAAUUGAAGGAAAUUGAAGAUAAACUAGCUGAAGCUGGGAGGAAUAUCAGCAGGGGUAAGGUUAUUAAGCCUUGCCAAUCUAAAUGGAUGGAGAAGUUCAUGGACAGCGGGAGUGAAAUCGAGCACGAAGCUUUUCUUUCACUUUGGCUGGCAAGGUAUGUUUUUCGAGAUUCUGAUAUUGCACUCAAGGACCAUUUUUUUCCAAUAGCAAUUCAAAUGGCAAGAGGGGAACGUAUUGCACUUGCUCCAGCAGUUCUGGCUAGCAUUUAUAGAGACUUGAGUUUGUUGAAAGAAACAAUUGUUUUUACCACCAAGUUAGAGACUUUUGAGGAUGGUGUAUUGGCACUAACAAUUUGGUCACCGUUUCUGUUAGUCCAGAUUUGGGGUUGGGAGAGGUUUCCGAUGUUCCAACCGAAGCCCCUUUUCCUCAAGAAUGGUGAUCCCAGAUGUGCUUUAUGGGAUAGUGUGAAAGGUGUCAAAGUUGAGAAUGCAAGGCUGGCUUUGGAUUCAGCUGGGGAGACUUUUCGAUGGCGGCCUUAUGCUAACCCAGGAGUAAGAGGUUGGCACUUCCCGGAGUUUUACAGAGAGAAAGGAGAAUGGCUAGACCUGGGAUCUAAUGAAGAUUUGUUGUCAUUUUCCCUAUGCUUGACAGUAUCCAAGAUGGAUGGUCUAGGCUGUUCAGAACUGUAUCUUCCUCAUCGAGUGGCAAUGCAAUUCGGAAUGGAUCAAGAUGUUCCUGCUCUUGUAGCUCGAUCAAAUGAAUGCUGCAAAUGUGCAUCGAAAAAUUACAUUAGGUCAUUUUCCAAUUCCAAAUUCUAUUUUCCACCUCGGUUAUUCGAGUCUGAUGUUACCAUUAGAUACUUGAACUGGUGGAGAGGGUCGGUGCAAGAGGUGACUAAGGAUGUGACUGAAGGUGUUGUGCGAAGGAAACGAAGUUUCAGAAAGAGAUCAAAUCGAGUUCCAUGGGUUUCAAUAAAGAAUGAAGGCAAUGAUUUAAAUGUCCCCCCUGGUUUUCCUCCCAAAUCUGGCAGGGUGAAAGAAGGGGAUGCGGCUGAGAAUGAAAAAACAACUUUGGAAGAUAUAUUAAGAGACUGUAGCCUUCAUAACAGUUUAGACAGAAGGGAAGGUACAUCUGUUUAUACUUAUGGUCUCGCUCACAGUCCUUCAAUUGUAAAAACAGGCGGUGCAGGUUUUCGAAAGAUCGAGUCGCUAACAGAACCAGAAGGAAAAACCACGCAGGUUAAAGCUGGGAAGGAUGGUUUGCAAAGAGCCUUAGAAGACGCAGACGUGUGCAUAGUUGAGACUUCUGCUAACAACAUGGCGAGCACCAACAAAGAUGCAGAAGAAAGCAACGGCUCAGUCUUUCAGAUCCCAGUAAAUGAACUUGAUGCUCGGGUUGCUAGGCUUGAGAUAGUAAUGGCCAAGUUAAAAGCAGCAAGAUCAUGUUUGUCAAAAACCCCACAGAAGAAUCUGCUCCCCUGA